GUGGCUGCCAGCCGAAUCACUGCUUAUUGCUUUAAACUCUGCCUCUUUCUCUUCUUCUCCUUCCUUCUUUCUUCUUUUCCCUCUCCCUGUCUCCUCUCUCUCUCUCUCUUUCCCUUUUUUUCUCUUCCUUUCCCUUCUCCAUUUCCAGCUGUUUUUGGAGCACGCAGCGAGAACGGGGGAAGUUCUCCACCAAUUGUUUCGGUCCUGAGAGGAGCUCGGCGGUCGGACCCUCCCUCCUUCUAUCUCUCUCCCCUCUCUCUCCUCUGUCUCUCUUCCUCUCUCUCUCCUCCCCUUGUUGUGACAGAGCACACCUGCUUGAUCUUGGCUGCACGCGCUCCGAGUCCAAUUACCCCAUAGGCCCUCGCAGCCACUUCACAGUCUCAUCCCCCCCACUCGACUGGAUUUUUGGGAGUCAAGCUCAUCUCGCGCACUUCUACGCUCUUUGCCUUGCUUCUUCUGAGAACAGGCUCCCUGCUAGCAGCACCAUGAGGUCAGUCUGUCUCUCUCUGCUCCUGGUCACGGCCUGCUGGGCUCUGCCCUUCCGCCAGUCCGGCUUCCUAGACUUCAUGAUGGAAGACGAGGCGGGAUCGGGUAACGGUGAAGAACCUAUAUUAACCAGCCGUCUGCCUGAGGGACCCAAGUGCCCCUUCAGAUGCCAGUGCCACCUGCGAGUGAUCCAGUGCUCUGACCUCGGUCUGAAGACGGUUCCUGGGGACAUCCCAGAUGACACCACCCUGCUGGACCUGCAGAACAACAAGAUCACUGAGAUCAAGGAGAACGACUUCAAGAACCUCAAGGGACUGCAUGCUCUGAUCCUGGUGAACAACAAAAUCACCACCAUCCACGCCAAGGCCCUGAGCCCUCUGACCAAGCUGCAGCGUCUCUACCUGUCUAAGAACAUGCUGAAGGACAUGCCCGCCAACAUGCCCAAGAGCCUGCAAGAGCUGCGCAUCCACGAGAACGAGAUCACCAAGAUCAAGAAGACCUCCUUCCAGGGGUUGUCCCACGUCAUUGUCAUGGAGCUCGGGUCCAACCCUCUGAAGAGCGCAGGAAUCGAGGCCAGUGCUUUUGCUGACCUGAAACGCGUCUCUUACAUUCGCAUUGCAGACACGGGGAUCACAGAGAUCCCCAAAGGUCUGCCCAACUCUCUCUCUGAGCUCCACCUGGAUGGAAACAAGAUCUCCAAGAUCUCAGCCGGCAGCCUCAAGGGACUGAAGACCCUGGCCAAGCUCGGUCUGAGUUACAAUGAAAUAAGCGUUGUGGAUAAUGGCACCCUGGCUAACGUCCCCCACCUGCGAGAGCUGCACCUCGACAACAACGCUCUGACCAGUGUUCCCGCUGGCCUGUCCGAGCACAAGUACAUCCAGGUGGUCUACCUCCACGCCAACAAGAUUGCCGCUGUGGGAACAGAGGACUUCUGUCCUCCCGGCCUCAACCACAAGAAGGCCAUGUACUCUGGCAUCAGCCUGUUCAGCAACCCCGUCCCUUACUGGGAAGUCCAACCCAUCACCUUCCGCUGCGUCUUCGACCGCUCCGCCAUCCAGCUCGGCAACUACAGGAAGAAGUAGAGCGGUCCCACCCCCUGCCCCAGGCCCGCGCGCCUCUGCAAGGAAGUGUGUGUUUGUAAAUGAGUGUGUGAAAGUUUUCUAAGUGUGCGUGUUUUGACCGCAACCCCACAACACUGACCCCUCCCACCCCACCCGCCCGCCACCUACACUGCCUCCCCACAAAUAAUCCACAUUUCAAAAACCGUUAGUGGACAUGGACCUCGAACAUAUCAUCUUUCAUUAUUUAGCUUCAAGGUUACAGCAGCACACACGGCUUACAGCAAACACCAGCAUACCACGGUGAUGCUCUCACACACGGCACAUCAUUCAUAUAGAAGCAGUUAAGCAAGCAUUAACAUUACAAAUAUGUCUUCACAUACACGCUGUAACAUUCAUUCAGUGGAAACAAAAUCAGAGGUGAUCCCUAACCAAAAAGAUUUGAAACUUUCUCUACCUUUUAGCCAUUGUAUUGAAUGAAUUAUACGAACGCUGACCUGUAGAGCAGGCAGCGAAGGGGUUAACUUGUGUUUUACAAUACCUUUUAACAACCGGUAUACUAGAAUGUACUAGAUAUUACCUGUGUACUAGGACUAGCAUUCAGAGUGUAACAUUACCACGCUGCACUCCUUGAAACAACUCAGAGUUUCUAUUUGUAUUGUACUCAAUUCAAGUAGAGAUAAAAAGCAACCGUGACUUCUAUCACAUUGUGAUUUCUUGUGCUUACUUCAGUGUUGAUUUUUAGUUCUGGGUGUUUUUUCUUCAUUACAUUUCCUCUCCUAGUGUAUGUUGUUCCAUUACAAAAAAAAAGGAAAAAAAGGUGAAAAUAGCUUAUAAAAAAUGUAGAAUAAACCAUAUAUGUUUUAAACAGAAGCCAUUCCCAAAGAUUUAUAUGCAUGCUCUUAUUUUUUUUGUUUCCUUUUCAACUUGAACCUGGUGCUUUCUGGAAUCUGUAUGUAUUUCCCUGCCCUUUAUUUCUUUUUUUAAGAAAAAUCAGAUGGUGUAUGUGGACUCGCAUGCCCACUGCAGCCAUGUUGGUGUGAAUGUUGUAUGUAUAGACGCUGUAUAUAAAUGCUGUAUAAAAACCUCUCUUUUGCUUAAAGGCACAAGCACUUACCAUAGCUCAGACUUAAUAUAUCAGCAACAAAAAGGUGUUCCUCUUUUUUUUUUCUUUCCGGAGCAGGGGCUCCAGCUAAGGUGUCCUGAACGAAAUAAAAAUACUAAUGGAAAAAGUUUUUUGAUGGAUGUAAUGACCAGAACUUGCAUUAAAUAUUGAAUAAUGUGAA